GUUGACUUGACUUGAAUUUGAAAAUGGUGUAAAACAAGUUUUUGCGUCAUGGCUGCGCAGUGAUGGCAACCGUGACGACCACGAACGCCAUCUUGACUCCUGGCAGGCUGGCAGCCAGCUCGCCGGGCGGCAGGCUAACGCUAGCGGUUCAACUUUCAAGAAUGUUUCGGGGUUCACGGCUGGUGAUCAGGUCUUGUCCAUUAAGGCCAAUGCUGCGACUGAAUGAGUGCAACUAUGCACGCGCUCGAUGGCAUCGAAACGGAUCGAGGCAUGAAACCGUUAAUGGAAGGAGGUCAUUCUCCACAGAGACUGCAUCCUGUCCAACAAAGAAUUUUCUUUUUAACUUAAACUGUGAAAAGCAAAAGGCCUCAUUACAAGACCUGAAAUCCAAAGAUCCCGGGAAGUCUCCUUGGAAGCACCCCAAAACUGUGAACACUCAGGACUGUUUAUCAAACACAACUUGCCGUCCACCUCAGAGAAAAUUCUUGGAUAUUUGUCAUCCUUCAAACAGUUUAAACAAUACAAUUUACUACCAUAAUAUCUGUUACAGAAAAACGUUUGUUAGUUGGUUAGAAAAUGUCCACAGUAGAGCACAAGCCUACAGCCUCACUUCUCACCAAACCAGAGCAGUUGAUGGAGCUUGGAGUGAGUGUCUAACACUGGAAAAUGAAAGUAGGUGUCGCCGGAACCUGGUGCCCAAUUUGAAGAUGUAUGAUGCGGAAAAGGGGAGAAAAACUCAGAGCCAAGGAAAGAAUCAGGGAAGAUGGGCAUCCAUUCUGGUGUCUCUCUGCAGUGUAGGGGGACAACCAGCAUUUCUCUUCACACUGCGCUCCAGCAUGUUGAAAGGUAGACACAAAGGAGAUGUCAGCUUUGCAGGAGGAAAGAGUGAUCCAUCCGACUGUGAUGUGGUGGCCACUGCGCUGAGGGAGGCCCGAGAGGAGCUUGGUGUUAAUGUGUCAAACGAAAGUGUAUGGGGUGUCCUCAAGCCCCUUCGGGACAUGUCAGGGAUGUUGGUGGCUCCGGUGCUGGCUAAUGUAGGUCCUCUUGAAGAGCUGUCCUUCAAACCAAACCCAGGAGAGGUGGAGGAGAUUUUUAGUUUGUCUUUGUCCCAUUUGUGUGACCCUCAAAACCGUCGGUACACGCACUUUCGCACAGGGGACAAGUAUGGAUACACACUCCCAGUGUUUUGUAAUGGGAAGCAUCGUGUGUGGGGCCUGACCGCCGUUGCCUUAGAUCACACACUAAAACUUCUUAUCCCAUCACAUUUGCAGUGAAGCCCAUUGAUUGUGUGGCUCAGAGUUCAUGUUUGGUAAUGUGCAAUCAAGAAGAACAUUUUCUUUCUUUUCUUUAAUUAAAGUGAAGAGCUUUUGUAUCAAUACUACUACAGUUUUAUGAGUUGUUACACAUCUUGUUUUAGGUCACCUUCUGACUGACGGAAUUGAAUUAAUUGAUUAAAUGAGUUCUCAUGGUGUUUACAGACUAUGAGCUAACCAGAUAAUUUUUAAUAUUUACUUUACCUAUUUACCCAUAUUAUGCUUUUACCUCACUCAACAUCAAACCGGUACUUUUUAACACAACAUAUAUCACAAUGUGGUCUGUUGAAGGACAAAUGUAUUAAAGAUCAUCUGAACAUUUUCUUCCUGUA